GAAACGUUGCGAGGAUUAGUUUUCAACCUGGUGGAAGAGAAGGAAUGACAAAGCAUGUCACGACACGCAGACUCAGACGAACACCCCAAAAAAUUUCUGCAAUCGCACAGGCAUUUAGACCUAUUUCUUGAGCUACAUCAAUAAAAUGUCGACCGAAGUUUCUUCGACCAAAGCGGGUGAAGAUAACGCUGAUGACGAUCGCUCACUGAUCUACUACAAAUGGGAUUGGAAAAGUGCUCCUUUCGCUGCCCCGACGAGCAAGACCAAGAACGCGCGUGCAAUCGUAUGCCUCGUCUUUCACGGCCUGCAUUCGCACGGACGCUAUGGCCACACGAGUUUCAUGGCUGAGAGCUGCUUGCGGGUACUCGACAGCCACAGAAAAGAGCAGGAAACCCAGCACCAAAAAGCCUACGAAAUUGCGGUUUACAGCGUCGAUCUACCUGGACAUGGAGAGGCGAAAGGAACUCGAGGUUUGUUGCAAUUCCCAGAUUGUGUGGACCAUGCUGUGAUAGCGGCGCGCGCAGUUUGGAAAAUGCAUGCGGACGCAGAAGGUGGAAUAGUCUUGCAUCUGAUGGGCUCAAGCAUGGGCGGAUCUAUCGCAGUGCUCUGUGCAGCGCGGCUAGAAAAAGAAAUGCGAGCGUGUGGCAGUUCGGAGGCAAAGCCCUUGGAGGUUGCAUCGGUGAUACUGUCAGCGCCGCUAGUGAAAGUGAGAAAUCCGCCGUCGUCAACUCUGGUUGGGAUUCUGCAAGGGAUUUCCUGGGUUGCUCCCUCUCUCGCGAUUUUAUGAGUUUACUUGGAAUGAGUACUUACGCUUACCUAGGUGGUUCGUCCUUCUACAGUCCUGCAGAAGUGGAUGCGGAUUUAUUUAUUUUCUUGAUUUCUCACGACCAUCACAGACAUACCACCAUAAUACUGACCCGCAAUGAUUUUUAUAGAUGAGAUGUAUGAUUAUGAAGAAAUCGUGUCUGUUCAUCUCACUUUCCACUUUUCAGUUUUAGUCAUAGGAGGUCCUUUCAUACUUCCUUUCCGCUCCCACGGGAGAUCCGUCGUGGCAAUACCGGGAUCCUGUGCGCUGCGCAGCGUGCGCGGGCGACUCGUUAGAAUACAGCGGACGACUCCGACUUGGAUCAGGCGAGACGGCAAUAAUGAUCACGCGCAUAAUUCCCGAUGUUACGGCUAGUAGUGAUAAGUAGUCUAUUUCGUCAUCCCCACGAGAACAUUGCAUCCACUCUAGAAAUAAAGAUGCAAACCUCGUCGUCAACUUCCUGGUCGCUUCCUGACUGGUGCUUGAUCAAGGUGCAAUCAGUGUUUGGGAAUAGAGCUUGACACGAUGGUGCCAGCUCUUCUCAAGGUUAUUUGACUCUAAGACAUAGGUAGCCGCGCUGAAGAAAACAGGCAUGCUGGUUCUCGCGCCGACCUUAUGGGAAGUACUAAGUACUUAGUGUUAGUAGACAUGCACAUGGACAUGCUUCUUGUUUUAGAGGGUGGAAGAGGUACAAACACUGCAAAAUAAGUUGUCGUCCUUAUUCUUGUAUAUUCAGUGGACCAAAUUCAAAUUCUUCAUGUUCAUCUUCUAACCUCCGACGAGCGAAUAGUGGAUGGCGACGCAACGAUGACCUUGUGCGAAUUGGCCACUAAUCUCCCUGACUCCUUGAAGCGGCUGCAUUGCUGUCCGCUUGCGAGACAUGGCGUGUUUGGCGAACCGCCAGAUGCUUUGCUAGAGAUAGAAAUGGCACUCAGCAGUUGGAUUGCGAAAUUUCAAUAGUUCAACAUGAAUAUGCUCAUGGUCGUGAUUGUCAUCGUGCGACGUUUCGUAAAACAACAGUUCUUAUCAUGAUGAUGAUGAUGAUGAAGACUCUAUGCCAGCAGACCCAGAUACUAUAUCUUUGACUUUCUUUAACAAGUAACGCUCGAUAAGAAGUGCGCAAAAAUGGUUCUGCCCAAAGGCAAAAUUUUCG